AUGGCGCCUCAUCGUCUACUAGUAUUUAGCGACCAAUCUGCAAGUCCGUGUUCAACAAUCAAGGAAUUGCAACGACAGGCGCAAGACUCUCCAGCGCUAUGCCAUUUUCUCAAUGCAACAGAACAAAGACUUCGAUCCCAGUGGAACCGGGCGAUAACAGCAGAGCGCGGAUUACUUCGACAAUUUGAAUCCUUCUCAAGCCUGGUAGAACGAUAUACUCACCAGAAAGAUGCGGUUGUGUCGGGCGUCCUUCAUUGUACUGCUCAACUCGGAUCCCUCAUACUUUUAGUUGAGAAUGACCCUAGCAUACUCACGGCAUUCACCUCCGUUCAACUUCUCGGAUUUUGCACCGGGUCGCUUCCUGCAGCAGCGGCUGCGACGGCGACAUCUACUAAGCAGUUGUUGAAACUAGCCCCAGCAAUUGUUUCGCUCUCGUUAUACCUGUCUCUCGCAGCCCAUAGACGGUCUUGGGCGAUCGAGCCAUCCAGCGAUAGUUGGACAAUGGUGGUGUCUAAUAUCACUGCAGAAACUGUUCGAGGCGAAUUGAGGGGACUUCAGUCCAUUAAUGCUUAUCCUUCGCACAAACGAGCGUAUAUCAGCGCAGAAGUUGACUCUUUCGUUAGCAUUAGUGGCCCGCCAUCGACAUUGGAGCUAGUAGCAGAGCAUCUUCGCAGCCAUUUCCAUGACACUCCUAUGAGGCUCCCAAUUACUGCGGCAUACCAUGCACCACAUCUCCCGAACCUCGAGUUGGAUAACAUGGUCCGGUGCGCUGAGGUCCCAGAUUUACCUAUUAGAGAAAAAAUGACUUGGAUAUCGACCAGCGCUGGAGACCUGCAUGAUGCGCAGACAUUACACAAACUUCUCGAAUAUGCUCUCCAAGAUGUAUUCCAUAAUCCAAUCUCGUGGAACGAAUCCCUUCAAACAAUCAAGAACCUUGUCCGGGAAGAGAGCGUUAGCGUCUCAGCUGUUGGACCGACGAAUCUGACUAAAGGAUUUUGUCGGGCGUUGACUCGGGAUGGCAUAGACGUCAAAGAAGCUCAUCAAUAUAUAGAGACAGGAUGCUCCAUCCGCAAUAAGUCAAAUGAUGUUGUUGUAAUCGGCAUGGCAGGCCGUUUUCCUGGUGGCAAAAAUCUUGAUCAAUUUUGGAAGACUAUCAGCAAAGGCCGCGAUACGCAUACGAAGAUCCCUCUCGAUCGCUUCGAUGUCGACAAGCAUUAUGAUCCGACUGGAAAGACUAGAAAUGGUACAGCUGCGCCUUAUGGGUGUUUCUUGUCACGUCCUGGGGAGUUCGAUACCAAAAUGUUCAAUAUGUCGCCUCGCGAAGCGAAAACAGUCGAUCCAACACAGCGUCUUCUCUUGACGACUGCAUACGAAGCACUCGAGAGCGCAGGCUAUUCGGAUCAUCAGGGAUAUCGCAUAGGGACAUUCUUCGGCCAAGCUACGGACGACUACCGCGAAACGAAUGCAGGGCAGAACAUCGAUCUCUACUAUAUACCCGGGGGCAUGCGCGCCUUUGGCCCUGGUCGCCUGAAUUACCAUUUUAAAUGGGACGGCCCCUCUUACAGCAUCGAUACAGCGUGUUCCUCCAGUGCUGCUGCCCUGGAAUUCGCAUACAAUGCUCUUAUUACUGGGGAUUGUGACAUGGCUCUUGCUGGUGGAGGGAACAUUCUGUCAGGCCCGCAGAUGUUCGCUGGACUCAGCCGUGGGGGAUUCCUUUCGCCGACUGGGGGUUGUAAGACAUUCUCUGACGAUGCUGACGGAUACUGCCGCGGAGAAGGCGUGGGAGUGGUAGUUCUGAAGCGGUUGGAUCGUGCUAUCGCGGACGGUGAUAAUAUCGAAGCUGUUAUCAAAAGUAUCGCGACCAAUCAUUCUGCCCAGGCGGCAUCCAUUACGCAUCCCCAUUCCCUGACGCAACAGAGGCUUUACCAUAAGGUCCUGCAGCAAGCCCUAUUUAGGCCUGAAGAUGUGCAAUACAUCGAAAUGCAUGGCACUGGGACUCAGGCCGGGGAUAGGACCGAAGUCGAGUCAGUAACAAAUGUCUUCGGAAAGCGUCGUGAUAGUCCAUUGUACAUCGGGGCAGUGAAAUCGAAUGUUGGUCAUGGCGAGGGAGCUGCCGGUAUUACUUCUUUGAUUAAGUGCAUCUUGAUGUUGAAACAUAAUCUCAUCCCUCCCCAUCUUGCUAUCGAUGAGCAACUAAACCGUCACUUUCCACUGUUGUCAGAAAGAAAUAUACACAUUCCUCAGUGUUCCCUGCCUUUUUUCCCGACCACUGAGUAUGAAAAGAGGAGAAUUCUCAUCAACAACUUCAACGCAACAGGUGGAAACACGAGCCUCCUGAUUGAGGACCCUCCCCCUAGCAGAAAGCCCCCGGUGGAGUCUAUGAGGUCCCAUCAUGUCGCCACAGUAUCCGCAAAGUCGCGGAAGUCAUUAGAAUACAAUAAACAGAAUCUUGUGGAUUAUCUCUGUUCCCAUUCGGAAGUUGGAAUUGGAGAUCUCUCUUACACCACGACUGCAAGACGAAUGCAUCACAACUUUCGAAAGUCUUACAGGGUUACAAAUACCAUUGAACUUAUCAAUACCAUCAAGAAUGACCUCGGAAAUAAAUCUUCAGACAUACACAGGCCAUUAGACCGCUCCCCGAUUGUUUUCGUUUUCACAGGCCAGGGGUCACAAUAUCCAGGAAUGGCCAAAGACCUUUUUGAGUCUUGCGAGAGGUUUAGAAAAAAGAUACUCGAGCUGGAUUCCAUAGCUGUUAGCCUGCAGUUACCAUCUUUCUUGGAAACCAUCAGUACUGGAGGCCAGGCGAUGCCAUAUCUCUCACCAGUGCAAACGCAGGUAGCAUUGGUAGCUUUAGAGAUCGCGCUUGUCGAUUUGUGGAACUCUUGGGGAAUAACCCCGGACAUGGUUCUGGGACACAGUUUAGGCGAAUAUGCUGCUCUAUGCACCGCAGGUGUAUUAUCGGUCUACGACACCAUUUUUCUAGUGGGAAACCGAGCGCGUUUGAUGGAGACCUUCUGCACACCCUAUGAGCACGGCAUGUUAUUGGUCACGAGCGAUAUUAGUUCCGUCGAGAAUUUUCUGAACAAUGCAGGGCUCAAAACAUGUGAUAUCGCCUGCAUUAACAGCGCGAAAGCAACAGUUGUGAGCGGUCCUAUGCAGGAUCUUAUUGCAUUGAAAGACAGCUUAGGUCGUACUCGGUCAACCAUGCUCGAAGUCCCGUUUGCAUUUCAUUCGUCUCAAGUCGAUCCCAUUCUUUCCGACUUCCAUCGUCUGACUGCCGCCAUCGAGUUUCAUGCGCCUAAAAUCCCGGUCGUAUCAACCCUCACUGCAGAGACAGUCAAAUCGCAGGGUGUAUUCGGGCCAGAGUACCUCAUUCGACAAUCCCGGGAGCCAGUGAAAUUCUUGCAGGCCAUUGAAGAGUGCCGAGACUAUGGAAUUGAUGAGUUCAGUGCAAUGUGGCUCGAAAUCGGUCCAAGUCCGGUCUGUUUGGGAAUGCUGCGGUCAAUUCAGUCGAUAGAACCCGAAAGAAUGCUUCCCACUCUGCGCCGCCAACAGAGUUGCUGGGAUAGUAUUACACAUGUCUUGUCUUGUUUAUACGACGCGGGGACAGACAUACGGUGGUCUGAAUAUUUCAGGGAGCAAUCGGGUGGUCUUCAGCAACUUGACUUGCCGACCUACGCAUUCGAUUUGCAAAACUACUGGAUUCCAUACGAGGCAGCCUCAGCGCUAGUAAAGUCAUUACCACAGAGAAUACCAACUGCAGGAUUCAUUUCAACUUGUUUACACCGCAUUGAAGAGGAGACAGAUGACAAUGGUUGCCCUGCAGUAGUGUUCGUCUCAGAUCUGACAGAAACAACCUUACUCGAAACAAUCGAUGGCCACCGUGUAAAUGGACUUGGUUUGUGUCCAAGUUCCGUAUAUACGGAUAUGGCUUUAAGCGCGGCUUCCUAUAUGCAGCAGAAUAUAAAAUGCACUUCGGCGUCGGAAGAUCUUAGUGUGAUGCAUCUCAAAAUAAAUCGCCCGCUUGUCGUGCCACAAAGCUGCGACGGAUACGAUGUGAAAGUGUACUGCAAAUAUCUGGAUGACAAGUCACACUUUGAAAUUACAUUUCGCUCACAGGCAGAUAAGAUGCCUCAAGAGCAUGCGCGAUGUAUCGUCGAGCUUGGGCAGCAUGCAAAAUGGAAAGAUGAAUGGCGUCUCACGGCACAUCUGAUCAAGUCACGAAUAACAGCCUUGUCGGAUCACUCGAGGACGGGAUCUACAAAUCGCAUCUUGAGGGACAUGGUGUACAAGCUCUUUUCGAAGGUGGUGACAUAUGGAGAGCGAUACCGAAGUCUCCUAGAGGUCUUCCUUGACAGUAAGGAGUACGAAGCGGCUGCCAUUGUCCAGUUUUCAACGGACGAGCAGACAGAUAACUUCACGAUCAGUCCCUACUGGGUUGAUGCAAUCAUUCAUCUCGGAGGAUUCUCCCUCAAUGCACACCCAAACGUUCCCGAUGACCUCGUUUAUAUAUCCACUGGAUGGGACCAUCUUUGUAUCGCUACCUCAUUAUCAACGGAAAAACAGUAUACCAGCUACGUCCGCAUGCAGGACUCAGGACAUGGACAGUAUAUCGGUGAGGUUUAUCUUCUAGAGGGCAAUGCGAUUGUUGCCAUUUGUGCGGGACUGCGCUUCCAAGAGAUGAAGAUCAGUUCGUUGCAUGCGAUAUUACAAUCGACUGCCAAAGUGGCCACUCCUUCGUAUGCCUCAGAAUCUAUGAGGAAGCAAGAUACAGUCCCUAACAACCAGAAUUCGAUCAUUCAGCCUUCUCAUAUCCUACACUCGUCUACAGAGUCCGUUCUCAGAAAAAUCCAAUCCAUCAUCGCGGAGGAGAUAGACAUGGAUUCCAGCAAUAUAUCGGAGAACGUGAGAUUCGAAGAAUUAGGAAUCGACUCCAUUCUACGAAUGCCCAUUAUAUCGAAAAUCCAGGAAGAAAUGAACAUUUAUCUCUCUUUGUCUGCUUUUGAUGAUUAUCCCACCUUGCUUGCUCUUCGAGGACAUAUUCAAGAUAUCCUUGGGAUAAGCACCAGCAACGGUUCAAGCAACGGUUCAAGCAACGGUUCCAGCAAUGUGUCAUUGUCGAUGAGCGCGAUCAUUACUUCUACACCAUCAACCCAGCAUGAAAGCAUAUCGUCAGAGACACGAAUUCCUCCGUCAGAAGCUGCUGCAACAGAAAAACAGUUCCAUAGCCGAUCGAUCUUCCUAUCCGGAAGCCCUAUUCACGGUGCUCCCAUACUAUUCUUGAUGCCCGAUGGCGCUGGUUCUCCGUCUUCUUAUGCCAUGCUUCCGACACCACCUCAAGGAACCGCGGUUUACGGACUCGAGUCUCCAUUCUGUCACAAACCAGAUAAAUGGAACUGUUCGUUCGACAAAGUGGCGACUAUGUAUGUGGAUGCUAUCCGUAAGGUCCGACCACAUGGCCCAUACAUGCUCGGAGGGUGGUCUUUGGGCGGGUUACACGCGUAUGAAGUUGCGCGGCAGCUGGUCAUAGAUGGGGAGAGGGUCUGCGGUCUCCUCUUAAUCGAUGCUCCGAACCCGAACUUUCUGGGUCAUAUCUCGCAUCCCGUUGUCGAGCUGCUUGGAGAUACCGGUAUAAUGGCAGCAGCCGAGCGGGCUAACGAAGGAAAGGCUCUAGAGUUGGAACGCGCUAAGGAUCAUAUGUGCAAAUGCGUUGAGUCUCUCAAAGACUACUUUCUUGCUCCAAUGGAGCCAGAAAAUCAGCCGGACCAUGUAUUUGCUAUAACGGCAGCACAUGGCAUCGAGCAGUCGAUUGACAAGCUCGUGGAGGACCCCGAAGUAACUAUGGCAAGCAGCAGCGAAGUGCGUCAAUUGCAACGAUGGAUGAAGCAGCGAAAUACGCCGUUCGGUUCAAAUGGAUGGGAUCGGUUACUGGGUGAGGUCGACUGUCAUGUUGUGGAAGGGGACCAUCUCUCUAUACUCCGUCUUCCUCGGGUGAGUGCUCAAAUUUCGUUCAAUUUUGUCUUUGUCUAACAUAUAUCAGGUCGAGAAGACUGGACAGUUGGUGUCAGAAGCCGUUAACCGGUUUCUAAAACGAGACGUACCAUCUUUAGCAUAGCCUAGACUUCAUAUUUUCGGACUUUUUUACAAUACUCAUUAAUGCCGUUAUCCUAUAUCCAUAUCAUA